UCGCACGCGCCUUUUAUAUUGACGUGAUCUCUUCCAGCUCUCUUAUUACUACUUAUAUUUUGUGCGUGCAUGUUCUCCUUGAUCAUGAUCUAGAUAAGCUAAUAAUCAAGAUCACUUUAUAAAGCUAUAGCUAGCAGCUGGUGCGCGCCAUGGAGAUAGAGGCCGGGGCUAGUAGUAGUACUACUGGUGGUGGUGAUGAGAAGGUAAUAUGGAAUGGAUCACCAGGACAUGAGAAGAUUAGGGGGACAUACUUGGUUUGGGAGGAUCUGACGGUGGUGCUCCCUAACUUCGGGAAGAAUAAACCCACCAAGAGGCUGCUUCAUGGCCUUAGUGGCUAUGCUGAACCUGGUAGAAUUAUGGCUAUCAUGGGUCCCUCUGGUUCUGGCAAAUCCACUCUCCUUGAUGCUUAUGAUCAAUUAUGCGGUAGACUCUCAAGAAAUGUUGUCAUGACUGGAAAUAUUCUUUUCGACGGGAAGAAGAGGAGACUAGACUAUGGUGCUGUUGCUUAUGUGACUCAAGAGGAUGUGAUGUUAGGAACUCUCACUGUCAAGGAAACCAUAACUUACUCAGCACAUUUGAGGCUUCCAACUAAAUUGACAAAAGAAGAAGUGAAUAGCAUUGUGGAAGGAACAAUAAUGGAAAUGGGUCUCCAAGAUUGUGCAGAUAGGAUGAUUGGAAAUUGGCAUUUGAGAGGUAUAAGUGGUGGGGAGAAGAAAAGACUGAGCAUUGCACUUGAAAUCCUCACACGACCUCGUUUAUUGUUUCUUGAUGAACCCACUAGCGGCCUUGACAGUGCCUCAGCUUUCUUUGUGGUUCAAACUCUCAGAACAAUUGCUCGUGAUGGAAGGACAGUUAUCUCUUCCAUUCACCAGCCAAGCAGUGAAGUCUUUGCACUCUUUGAUGACCUUUUCUUGCUGUCAACUGGUGAAACUGUGUAUUUUGGGGAAGCAAAGAUGGCAGUUAAGUUCUUUGCUGAGGCGGGGUUUCCAUGUCCGAGUAAAAGGAAUCCUUCAGAUCACUUCCUACGUUGUGUCAAUUCAGAUUUUGACGUUGUAACUGCCACAUUGAAAGGAUCUCAAAGAUUUCGUUCACUUACCAGUUUCAACCAAACGCAUAAUGUGGAUGCACCGACUUCAUCAGAUCCCUUCAUGAAUUUGGCUACGUCAGAGAUCAAAGCAAUGCUUAUUGAGAAAUACAGGAAAUCACAGUAUGCAAAAAGGGCAAGAACUAGGAUUCAAGAAAUAUCAGCAACUGAAGGACUUGCGCUUGAAACAAAAAUGGCAAGUCAAACAAGUUGGUGGAAGCAACUUUUAACAUUGACACAGAGAUCAAGUGUUAACAUGUCCAGAGAUGUGGGAUAUUACUGGUUGAGGAUAAUAAUAUAUAUAGUUGUAUCUAUUUGUGUUGGUACUGUCUACUAUGAUAUUGGCAAUAGCUACACCUCAAUCUUGGCCAGAGGAGCCUGUGGUGGAUUUGUGACAGGGUUUAUGACAUUUAUGUCAAUCGGAGGCUUUCCAUCCUUCAUCGAAGAGAUGAAGGUCUUUUACCGUGAAAGGCUUAACGGGUAUUAUGGAGUAGCAGUGUUUAUUCUAUCCAACUUCCUUUCUUCAUUCCCUUUCUUGGUUGCGAUUGCGGUUUCUACUGGGACUAUUACUUACUACAUGGUGAAGUUUCGACCAGGAUUUUCUCAUUACGUCUUCUACUCUCUUAAUCUCUUUCUCUGCAUUUCUGUUAUAGAGAGCCUCAUGAUGGUCGUAGCUUCAUUGGUUCCGAAUUUCCUCAUGGGAAUUAUUACAGGAGCAGGAGUUAUUGGAAUCUUCAUGAUGACAUCCGGUUUCUUCCGCUUACUGUCUGAUCUUCCCAAGCCAUUUUGGCGCUAUCCAGUUUCCUAUCUCAGUUAUGGCUCAUGGGGUCUACAGGGCUCCUACAAGAACGACUUGCUUGGGCUUGAAUUCGAUCCUAUGAUACCCGGUGACCCAAAACUGAAGGGCAAGGAUGUUAUCACGCAAAUGUAUCGUAUGCCCAUAGACCAUUCCAAGUGGUGGGACUUAGCUGCUCUGGUGCUGCUUCUUGUAUUUUACAGGGUACUUUUCUUCACGAUUCUCAAGUUCAAGGAGGGAGCUUCACCGUUAUUUCAUGGGCUUUAUUCCAAGAGAGCCCUCCAUCAUCUUGAUAAGAGGCCUUCUUUCAGGGAAAUACCAAAUUUCCCUUCCAAGAGGCACCAACCUCUCCAUUCACUGUCUUCUCAAGAGGGUCUCAAUUCUCCUCUUCAGCAAAUUAAGUAAACUUUCAAGUUUCAAGCUACAGAUGUUAUAGUGAAAAUCUGUCUUUUCAAGUGUCCAUUGUAGUUAUAAAUAUAUGAAGAAAACAAUACAGUUUCUAUUGAGUUUUAUGCAUAGAGUUUGUUUGGUAUUCUCUCUGUUUCAGUCUUGAAAUAAGAAAUAUCAGCAUAAACAUUGGGAGGCUGCAUAGCAGCUUAUUGUGUUGCUUUAUGUUCCCAACUUGUAUUUAUUUUGACGUCUGAAUAAACAUAAAAAGGCUAUAUAUACUUGCUGUUUCUGUC